AUGGCUUCUGCUUGUGCUUCUUCUGCCAUUGCAGCUGUUGCCAUCUCUACUCCAAGUUCCCAGAAGAAUGGAUCACCCUUGGGAAGCUCAAAAGCUUUUCUUGGGAGGAAACUGAAGGUGAACAAUAAGACUGCAUCAUCUUUUAGAGUAAGAUCUACUACAACUGUGUGUACAGUUGCUGAGCCUGAUAGACCUCUGUGGUUCCCUGGAAGCACCCCUCCUCCAUGGCUUGAUGGAAGUCUCCCAGGAGAUUUUGGAUUUGACCCUCUUGGUCUUGGAUCUGAUCCAGAGAGUCUGAGAUGGAAUGUUCAAGCCGAGCUUGUACACUGCAGAUGGGCAAUGUUAGGUGCAGCUGGAAUUUUCAUUCCAGAAUUCCUAACAAAGAUUGGUAUCUUGAACACACCUUCAUGGUACACUGCUGGUGAGCAAGAGUAUUUCACAGACACAACCACACUCUUCAUAGUCGAGCUUCUUUUCAUCGGUUGGGCCGAGGGAAGAAGGUGGGCCGACAUCCUCAAUCCAGGUUGUGUCAACACUGACCCCAUCUUUCCAAACAACAAGCUCACAGGAACUGAUGUAGGGUACCCUGGUGGACUUUGGUUUGAUCCACUUGGUUGGGGAAGUGCUUCUCCUCAGAAGCUUAAGGAGUUGAGAACUAAGGAAAUUAAGAAUGGAAGAUUGGCUAUGUUGGCUGUUAUGGGAGCUUGGUUCCAGCACAUUUACACCGGCACCGGUCCUAUCGAUAACCUCUUUGCUCACCUUGCUGAUCCUGGUCAUGCUACUAUUUUUGCUGCUUUCACUCCCAAGUGA